AGGACGGCAGUUGCUGUGGUUUCAGAGCCGGGUGGUUUUGUGAGGAAAAAGGUUUGUGAACGUAGCAUCUCGUGUCGGAGCCCGGCGGUCGGUGGCUGCAGGUGGGAACUCGGUGUCCCCUCUUCGGACCGGGGGUCCCUCCUUUGCCUUCGUCACUCUGCGCGGCUAUCCCCUCCCGGGCCUAGGGCGGCUCCGGGGAGGCUGCGGAGAAGGCCGCCGGCGAGAUGUUCAAGAACACGUUCCAGAGCGGCUUCCUCUCCAUCCUCUACAGCAUCGGCAGCAAGCCCCUGCAGAUCUGGGACAAGAAGGUGCGAAAUGGCCAUAUCAAAAGAAUCACUGAUAAUGACAUCCAGUCCCUGGUGCUAGAGAUUGAAGGGACAAAUGUCAGCACUACAUAUAUCACGUGUCCUGCAGACCCCAAGAAGACACUGGGAAUUAAACUUCCUUUCCUCGUUAUGAUUAUUAAAAACCUGAAGAAAUAUUUUACCUUUGAAGUACAGGUACUGGAUGACAAGAAUGUGCGUCGGCGGUUUCGAGCAAGCAAUUACCAGAGUACCACCCGUGUCAAACCCUUCAUCUGUACCAUGCCCAUGCGGCUGGACGAUGGCUGGAACCAGAUCCAGUUCAACCUAUCCGACUUCACUCGACGAGCGUAUGGCACAAACUACAUUGAGACCCUGAGGGUGCAGAUCCAUGCAAACUGUCGAAUACGUCGGGUUUACUUCUCAGACAGACUCUACUCAGAAGAUGAGCUGCCGGCAGAGUUCAAACUGUACCUCCCAGUUCAGAACAAGGCAAAGCAAUAACUGGAAUGUUAACUCGAGGGCACUACACCCUGGACCUGACUCUUAGUUUAAAAAGGAAACUAUAUGGAGGACAAUGCAAGAGACAUAUUUAUGUUAAUUCACUGUGCUAUGGCUCAUUUAGUACUUGGUGCCCCUUGUCGUGGACACCAGUGACCGUGCCAUGACUCUGCUUAUUACAUUGUUAAGUACAGUGGGAGAAAAGCAGUGCUUUGAGUGACACAUGACUGCUGGGGUUCUGCUGCCUGCCCUGGGCUGUGGGGAGACCCACUCACCUCAAGCUUACAGAAUUAAAGAUGUCCUGCAAGGCAGCUUCAGACCAAUAUAUCUUCCUAUGGUUUAUUCUUUGUUUUAUAUAUUCUCUAAAUAUAUGUAUAUGCUGUGUACUCAUAAUCUGGAAAUGAAUAAAAUGCUAUAUUCUUGGUUUGUAAA